GCCUGAAUAGGCAGGGACUCUAUUCUUGUUCCUGCCAUCUCCACUGCUGCUGUCUCUGUUGUCCUCAUGGUGGACACUGUUCCUGUACUGUCUCCACAGCUGCUGUCUGUGUCGUCUUCAUCAUCUCUGGAGAGGCUGUGACAACUUGAGUCAGGCUGUACUUCUUGUCUGCUGCCCUAGAAACCAUGAUCAUGGACCUAAGGCAACCGAAGGCUGUCACUGAGGAGAACAGAGCUUAAAGCUGUGAGAGCUCCUUGGAGAGGAAUGAGGUGUGAGAGGAGGAUCUGGGGUCUGCUGGGUCCCCUUGGCCCUGAGCUGCUCCUGAUGAAGUCACAGCCUUUCAAAGCUGGGGACAAAGAGAAGCAGCUCUGCCGGACAUGGAAAAUCACCACAAGCCCUCUGUACUCUACCAUGUGUCCUGUCUGUUUGUCCUUACACAGCUGCUUAGCUGGGUGACCACACAGGAGUUCCUGGUCUUUGGUCCCUCAGACCCCAUUGUGGCUGAGCUGGGUGGGGAAGCCAUCCUUCCCUGUUCCGUGUUUCCAGCCAUGAAUGUGGAGAACAUGGAGGAGCUGAGGUGGUUCCGCAGCAGAUUCUCAGAAGUCGUACUUGUCUAUCGGGACCAAGAGGAGCAGAAAAGAGAGCAGAUGCCUGGGUAUUCACAGCGCACCUUGCUGGUGAAGGACCAGUUCCAUCAAGGCACAGCUGCUGUGAGGAUCCAGAAUGUCCAGAUAUCAGAUAGUGGGAUGUACAUCUGCCACUUCAAACAGGGAGUGUUCUAUGAAGAGGCCAUCUUGGAACUGAAGGUGGCAGCAAUGGACUCAGUUCCUGAAGUGUACAUCAAAGGUCCGGAAGAUGGAGGAGUGUGUGUUAUGUGCAUGACCUCAGGGUGGUACCCGGAGCCUCAGGUACAUUGGAGAGACUCCAGAGGAGAGAAUCUCACAGCAUCCUCGGAGAUCCACCUUAAAGAUGCUCAAGGACUGUUCAGCACAGAGACGUCACUGGUGGUGAGAGACAGCUCUGUGAGGAAUGUGACCUGCUCCACCUUCAAUCCUGUCUUGGGCCAGGAGAAAGCCAUGACCAUGUUCCUCCCAGAGCCCUUCUUCCCCAAGGCCUCUCCCUGGAAACCAGUUUUUCUUGUGACCCUGACCAUGAUGGGACUACUAGUCGUUGGGGCAAGCUAUCUUCUCAGAAGGGAACGUUCUGCAAGGCUGAUCAUGCAGGAGAUGUUGGGGAAUCUUCAGUGUGUGAAGGAUAAGAAGACAAAGGAGUAUUUGCAGAUGACUGCUGAUCGAAGGAAAGCAGCUUACAUGGCAGAUUGGCGCAAGGAACACUUCCAGGCCUGUGAGUGA